AUGUACAAUAGCUUAACUCGGAAGAAGACGUACAAUGCAGAAGCAUUACAUACAUCACAACUAAAACGUUGUUUAACAGUAUUUGAUCUCACUAUAUUAGGUAUUGGAUCUACAUUAGGCACUGGUACAUAUAUUCUCACGGGUCAGGUCGCUCAGAACAAAGCUGGCCCUGCAGUAAUCAUAAGUUUUUUGAUCGCUGCUGUGGCUUCCAUUCUUGCAGGUUUAUGUUAUGCAGAAUUUGGAGCGCGUGCUCCACGAGCAGGAAGCGCUUAUACUUAUACCUAUGUUUCCGUCGGUGAGAUUAUGGCUUUUAUAAUUGGAUGGAAUAUGAUUUUGGAAUACGUCAUAGGAGCUGCGAGUACAGCAAAAGCUUUUAGUACAUACUUUGACACCUUAAUUGGCAAUGCAAUGAGUAAAGCUUUUACAGCUCAUUUGAAAAUCAAUAUUUAUGGCUUGUCCGCAUAUGCAGAUAUAUUUGCUAUGGGUUUAUGUUUGUUAUUGACAGUUUUGCUUGUACUUGGUAUUAAAGAAUCGGCGAUACUAAAUAACGCUUUUACAUUUAUUAAUUUAUUAGUUAUUCUAAUUGUAAUUAUUGCCGGUUUGACUAAAGCUAAUUUUCAUAACUGGAAUUUAUCUCCUAAAGAAAUCUACAAUGUAUCACAUUACAAUGGCACUGCUGGAACAGGAGGCUUUUUUCCAUUUGGUUUUUCGGGAGUAGUGAAAGGUGCUGCAAUGUGUUUCUACGCAUUCGUAGGGUUUGAUUUAGUUGCUACGACAGGUGAAGAGACAAAGAAUCCGCAGAAAGCCAUUCCAAUCAGUAUCUGCUUAACCUUGUUGGUUCCCUACUAUUUAAUUGAUAAAAAUGCGGGUCUACCAGCGGCUUUUGCUUAUGUUCAUUUGCCUGUUUUCAAAUACAUUCUUGGAGUUGGCGCACUUGCCGGGAUAUUUACAUCGUUACUUGGUUCAUUACUUCCAUUGCCACGUGUACUCUAUGCAAUAGCCAGUGAUGGACUCAUAUUUCGUUUUAUUGCAUGGAUUCAUCCGAGGUUUCAGACGCCCAUUAUUGCUACAAUUGUGGGUGGAAUAGCUGCAGGGAUUAUGGCACUCAUAUUUGAUUUGGAAAAUCUUGUAGACAUGAUGUCUAUCGGAACGUUGCUCGCCUACAGUCUUGUAUCCAUAUCCGUCCUAUUUCUGCGGUAUCAACCAGUUGAUGAUCCAUUGAUUCGUUCUGAUUAUCUUAGUUAUAAACCAUUAUGGCAAGAGCUAUUUCGUCCAUCACAACGUUAUCCAACUGUCUUAUCAGCAUCCAUUGCUAAAAUCCUUAUUGCUGCAUUAAGUACGGAUGUUGUUAGCGUUCUUACACAUUUACAAAAAGUUUUUUAUUUUAGCUAUGAACGGUUUUAUACUUUGUGCGAUUCAAAGAUUUGCUAGUAACAAAAUUACAGAGAAAGAUCCGACGACAAUUUUCUUUCUCUCAUUAUCUGGUUUGUUAGAAAUAAUAUUCUUGAUCAUGAUUGCCAUGCAGCCAAAAAAUCAAAAAUCAAUACAUUUUGAAGUAAACAGUCUUGCGCUUAAGAGCUCAUUUUAAAGAAAAUUCUGAUUUUUGAGACAAAUAUGAUGCAUGACAGAGUGACGUAUCCGCUACAAAAUAAGACCGCUCCUAGCUCUCUACGACUUUCUGCGAAGGAGAAAUGGAUUUUUUAAAGUUUCUCAGUUUACUCUAAACAAACACGAAUUUUUAACUUUCUUCAUCUUUUGCUACAUUCCGGCACUUCGAAGUUUUUUCUAAUAGUUAGAUUAUCCCAUGAGAUUACUCACGAGAGUCUCGUCUGCUAAAAUUCUUCGUUUUUCCAUUCAUUUUGAAAGCUUAUGAGUGUCAUGUGAACAGAUUUCGAGUAUUUUUGCUAUAACUUUUGGACGAUGCUGUAUCUGUUGAAAAAAAUUAACAUUUGGCAUCUAAGAUACCUGGUUCAACUAUCUGUGCUAAAAUUUCCAGCACAAUCGAAUGAAAUUUCAGAAAGGCGUAAGCAAUGUAGCUUAAAAAGCGAGAUUUCUAAAAAACUUCUGAACCUAGAUAGUUGGAGAGUUCACGAUGGUCUCAAAAAAUGCGCAAGAGAGUUUUGCAUAGUCUCUGAAAAUAUAAAGUGGUUAUGAUUUAUAGUUUACGAAUAGUGAUAUUCGCCCCAAAAAUCCAAAAAAUGAGAGGAGGAAUACCUUUAUACGGUCUGAAAUAGGUUUCACUGAAUUUUUAUAAUUCAAAAAUGUUUUACGGACUCUUGAAUAUGUGCAUUUAUACUUUCCAAUUCUCGUUAGUAUAUAUUCUCUAUUAAUCGUGUUAAAAUGAUUUCAUCUACAUAAAAAAG